UAUAGUGGAUGGCAAGUUCAGCUUAAACAAAUAAAUGUUGGAAACCCUCAAUAUGAAACGUUAUUCAGUAUUUUACGUAAGUUGUGUUCCCUGCUAUAAAUGAUACAUUGAAUAAAUAUUGAGUGUUUAUGAAGCUGUAUUGCAGAUGAUUUGGAAUGCAUAAAACUGUGUGAAGGAGUUUCAGAAGAAAAAAUCACCAAAUAUAAACUACACUCUCUGCCAUAUUGGGACCACAAUCAAAUUAAAGCAAGGAAUAUAUUUCGAUCGUCUUUGUGCAGAAUUAUAGUGAACAGCGAUUGUGAUCAUCAUAUGUGUGAAUCUUGCCUUGCACAGUCUAAAAAAGAAUUGACUAAAAUUGAGGUAUAUGAAGAUGAUCAUCCACUUAAUGAGACUGACUUGGAAGAAAAAGUUACAAAUGAAUGGCAACAGUUGUUUUUUCAACAUCAGAAGGAGAAUAUGGUAAAAAGUUCCAAUAGACGGCGUUAUCAUCCAGACAUAAUACGUUGGGCAAUAGAGUUUUACUGCAGAUCGCCUGCUGCUUAUGAACAUGUUCGAAGCAGUGGAGCUUUGAUUUUGCCUUCAGCUUCAACAAUCAGACAAUAUCGAAAUUGCUUCAAUCCAAAACCUGGAAUCAGUUUAAUUGCACUGCAAGAAAUGGAUCGUUUACAGAUGGAGCACAAGUAUUUGCCUUCUUACAUUACAUUAGAUGAAAUGAAAGUACGAGAAAAUCUGGUCAAUAAACAAGGGCAGUUGGUUGGGUUUGUUGAAGGUAUUCAUGGCACUGAUGCAAAAUUAGCAAGUCAUAUAUUAGAUGGUCUGUCAAUUAACCGACGCUUUUUCAAACUGAUUAGUGGUCAUGCAACAAUUCCACUUGAUAAAUAUUUUACUGCCCCUAAUCCCUUCACUCUUAAUGAUCGAGUAGUAUUUUUGUGUUCUGAUUCUUCUCAUCUUCUUAAGACAGCGAGAAACUCUUUAUUUCAAUCAAGGCCAUCUGGUACGAAGUAUAUGAAUAUGAAUGGACAUGAUAUUUUAUGGAAUCAUAUUUUACAACUGUAUGAAACUGAAAAAGGGUCACCAUUGCUAUCCCGCACACGGUUGUCUGAAGCUCACGUCAAACUUAAUCCAUUUUCUAAAAUGAAAGUUGGAUUGGCAAAAGACACAUUAAGUUGGAAAGUUGGACAAUGUCUAAAAUUAAUGCCAAAUGCUGAAGGUACAGCAAACUACGUGUUAAUGUUUGACAGGUGGUUUGAUAUAAUUAACUGUAAGGCCUCAUAUCCAAUCAGGCAUGUUAAUGAUGAAAGGUUACAGUGGUUACAAGAUGAAUUUAUUGAAAAGUUAAUCAAAUGGGAGGAGGAGGUUAAAAACAAACAUGGAAAUCAACGGAAACGAAUCAUUGCAUAUCCCACAUUGGAAGGUCUGAUAUUUACAUCUAGAAAUAUGAUUGGGCUGUGUAAACAACUGCUGCAACUGGAUUGUCUUGAAUAUGUCUGCCUUCACACUUUUACACAAGAUGUGCUGGAAGCAUUUUUUGGAAACGUGCGUAGUCAUGGUGGUCGGUCAACAAAUCCUGAUAUAUCACAAGUAGCAUACUCAAUUCAGCAUAUUACCCAAAGAAAAAUUAUAAAAAAAAUUAAAGGUGGUAAUACUACUCAUGGGGCUCAAAAUCCUUGGACAUCAGUUUGUCAUUCACCCAUGCCAAAACGGGCCAAAUUCUAACUUUAUUCCAUCUUACAUUAACUCAUAACCGAUCACAUGACACAUACAUGUAAAAUUUGCUUUUAUUCAUUAAUGUUACAUUCGUUUUAAAUCACCUCUCAGCCCACGUGACUGCUUGUUUGAAUAUUGAAGAAGCUUCUGCACUAAUUUUCUGGUAUAACUGUAUGAUAAUACUCUAACAAAUAAUUUAACAGAGUAUGCCACAACAUUUUCGAGAUCCUUAGAGUUUUGUUCAAAUUCCAAACAGCCUGAUUUAAUGUGAUUGAUAAAAUAAAUGAAAUAACUACUACUGCAAAUACUAUCAGACAAUAAAUUGAAAUUGAUA